AAUGGCGACCUUCGUAAACACUGAUUAUUUGUUGUAGUGAAUAGUAGUCAGAUUUUUCCAUCUUUUAAUAUUGUCCUGCGUCUUUAAAGGUGCGCAUACUAAUAAUGGUGGUGCUAUAAAAAGAUGCGACUCAUACUAAGCACUUCAGACUCAAUUACUGCAUUUUUAAAAACCGUUUUAAAAUAUUAUACUUCGUCUUAUUACUCUUAACUUAUCUAAUACACUGUGACUGUGUAGGCCUAUAGUAUACUAAAGUAAUACUAAUACAAAUUUAUAAAGUAUUUUAUUAAUAAUUGUUUGAUUGUGACACAGUGCUUGACAGCGUCAAUUCAUCAUAAUCAUAGGGUUAUGCCAUGAGUGAGUCAUAAGAAUAAGAACCCUAACUAACUCUAACUGUCAUUAGAUAAGAAGUAAGUCUUAGACUUAGAUACUUAGACUAGAAGAUAAACAUGAAUAUCAUAUUCGAAAUAACAAUAUAAUUUGAAUAUAUAAAAGUAGGGCUUCUUAAUCCUGUUGUGUCUACUACUGUUGAGUCAAGCAGUUGUCUAUUAUUAGAGUAGAGUAUUAUUAAAAUAUAAAUUCAUUAUGUUAAAUGUUGACACCACAUCCAAGUAAUGGAUUCCUUAAAGCUAAAUCUCAUAUGAAAAUUCAGAUCCCAAUCAUAUGAUUAAGAUCUCUGGGGUUUUCAUAACUCAUAGUUUAAAGUUUCUGAUACCAAUUGAAGAAAUACUUAAAUUAUGAAACAGAUUUGUUAUUUCAUGAUGUCAGUGAAUUACAUCCAUAUAUUAAAUAAAUCUUUUAAAACUAAAUCAAACCUAAACACUUGCUAAGACUUUAAAAAUUAAACAAUUUAUGCCUAAAUGGAUAUCUACAGCACUAAAUUAAACUAUUUACAUAACAUCUUCUUUUCUUCUAGAUUUAACAUAUGCUUAUUUUUAACAUAAGAGUAAGCUAUUGGGGCCUACUCCAAUUAUAUAAAAAAAUAUUUUCGUUAUACCUCUAAUUUAUAAAAUGUAAACUCUUUUUAUUUUCUAUAUUAUUUGUUAGAGCAUCAUGGCCAUGAGAGGCUUGCAGGGAGAGGAUUUAAAACAUGCUCUGAAGGAAUUAAUUACAAGUUGGAACCCAAUUAUUAAAGAGGCUGGAUCAUAUGAGGCUGCAGAAGAUAAUCUUCUUCACCUCGAGGAGAAUGAUGAAAACUUUCACAGGUAUCUUAAAACCUAUAUUAUAGUACAUAAUAUUAUGAAGGAUUAGAGAUGACAAGAGAAGCGUAACUGUAAUAAAAAAAUUUAGUGUUGGGGUCGCUGGAAAAAUUUCGUGCCUUGUAUGGAGUAUGGAAUUUCACUGGUACUUGUUGCACACAAAAUUUCUGGUGUGUUAGUUUACUUAAUGAACUCUUUUUGUGCCUGUAGCCUUUUGACAUGACUUUAUUGUAGCUGUGAGUUUUGUCUAUAGUGUCUCUUUUGUGUGCGUGCUAUUUGUUUUGCAGUUGGUUUCAAAGCAUAAUGGGAGAAGGUUGUACUACAUUCUUCUACUUUUAGUCAGCGAUGCUAUACAUAUGUUUGAUUCAUUGUACAGCCUGAUAUAUAUGUUUAUGGGUAAAAGUUUACAUUUCUCUUGGAAAAAGGACUUGUGUUCCUUUGGGUGUGGUUAGGACAUAUGCAGUUGCAAAAAAAUUUGAUGCAUGGAUUGUGACAGCAAGGUGCUAUGCUCUUUGUUGCCAAGCCUUUUGGAACUGGUCUGGGCAUUUGAUGAGUUCAACACUAACAUCAUUAACAAAGGCUGAUACUCAUCCUAAUGUCAAACAAACUUUAACAUAAUUUUUUUACACAGAACAUGAGUCAUAUGGCCAGACUUGACAUCGGAGGAUUCAAAAUAAUCACUUAUUUGGGGGAUGUUGUUUCUUUUUUGUAAUAGUCGGCUAGAGGGAGAUUAGGAUGAUUUAACGAUUUUAUUUAUUAUGAAUCCGUCAGUUAAGUAGCCAAAGAGAUGCAAGAGUUAUAAAAAGUCAAAAUAAAAUGUGUGCGAUUGAUGGAGGCUUGAAUGUAAAUCCCAAAGAGCUUGUGUGAAUUUAUAUAGAAGUUGUUUUAAGGCUGUUGUCAUUAAAAGAAAUGAAUUGUAAAGAUUUAAUAUAUAUGUAUAUAAUAUAUAUGUGCCAUUUACACAAAUAGCCUUUUACUUCAUUAUUUAAAAAAAAAGAAAAUGAUCAAUCUGUAUUAGUAAUUUUUAGUUACAUCUUUGAUCAGCUGAAAAUUAAAAUUAUUUCAAUCCUUUGUUUUAACAAUAAGCAAAAUUAGAGUAAAUGUUUUUUAAAGCUUAACUGCUUGAAGUAGAAAUUAAAAUCCACCCUGCUAUGAACAGUAGUCCUAAAGAUUUUUAGCCUAAUGAAUAUGAGUUAUUGUUUUUUUCAGACAUGAUUUUGUGAAGGCGCUGAAAAGAAAGCUGGAUGAAAUACUCAGUCCUUUGGUUGAUGAUGAACCAGAGAGGAAUUCAACUGCGGGACACAUUGACUCUGGGGGUCAUGAGAGUAGAGUGAAUAGAGUUAUAGAUCAUAUCAUGGAGUCAAGGGAGUAAGUACCAAAUAACAACAAUUAGACACAUUGACUGUGGACAUGUCAUCAAGUACAACAUGCACAGUUAGACACAUUGGCUGUGGACAUGUUAUCAAGUACAGCAUGCACAGUUAAUCCAUUUGAAAAUUAAUCAGUAGAAUUUCUAAAUAAUUUAAAACUCUAUUUUUCUAAUGGUGUUAUUUAAAAAAAUUUUGAAUAUGAAUUUAGCUGCGAAGUUUCUAUCAGGUAUUUUUAGAAAUUUAAGAAAAUUCUCAUCAAAAUAUUUAGACCAGUUUUAAACAAUGAUGGUUGGAGCAUUAGUACAAAUCAAGAGAUGAUUUGUUCGUGAAACCACCCAUAGCUGCAACAAAUAAAAAAGCCUGGACAUGACACCUUGAGAGGAUGACAAAUUGUAGAGCAGCAAAAGUGAUCAACAGGCAGAAACCUAGGGACAGAGGGUUCACUGGUUGACAAAGACUGAGAUGGAUUGACAAUGUAGAGAAGAACUUACAUCAGCUGGGGGUGCUUGCAUGGAGGUGGAAAGACAUGGACUGAUCCGAAUGGAAUGAUGUGGUGAAGCAGGCUGGGAUCCUACACGGUCUGUAGCUCCACUGAUGAUAAUGACUGGUUAAACAUAACACUCAAAUCUAAAAAAAACACGAAGAAUACAUGAUCAAAAGAAUUAAAUUUUGGUCAUUUAGGAAACACUAGAUACACACUAGCAAGGCAUCCAGGUCAAAAAAGUAUUCACAGAUGAGACAGUAUGGGUUUUUUUAGGCUCCUAAGAAAUCUACAUCUACCAGAUUUAAGGACAGUCCAUUAAAAUUUGGAGAAAAAAAAUCUCCUUGAGCAAUAAAUUCAUUGAGUCAUUGUCGUAUCUAAAAUAUAAAUAACUUAAAUAUUUAUUUUAUUAUAUUUUGUCCUAGGUUCAAUGACCUGAAGACGAAGCUAAAGAAAAAUGUAGAGGAAGCUGUGGGCAGCCUUAUGGCAAACUUCAACAAUGUAUUUGAAGUCGGGAGGGCAGGAGCGGACAUGGAGUUCUUUGACCCUCUCAAAACUCCAAUGGUUACAGAUGAUGAGGAGGUAUCAUCAUUUAAUAGCUUAUGUGACCAGGUUAGAUCAGCUUCUGUGUGCUGUAGAUGUUCUCUCAUGUUCGGAUGUGAUGGCCAAACACUUGAGUUUAGGCAAAUGGUCUUGAAGAUUUGUAAGAAUUAUUUAAUCAUUAUACCACAUUAAUUGAGAAUUUUCAAUAAUGCAAGCACAAAACAACCAGAAUUGGCUCACUUUAUGCUGAGAAUAAAAGUUUAAACAGACAGUCAAAAGUGUAAAAUUAUAAGUAAACAGCUUAUGUAAUUUCAAUUGGUUGAAGAAAAUUUAACUAUCUACUAUUUAAAAAAUUUUCACGUCUGCUCAUUUGUUUCGAGCCAUCACCCAGUUUGCAGUGCUUCUGUGUGAGUUUGCAGUGACCAACAUCUCAGGGGCUUGUUUGGGUCUUACAUUAGAUCCAAAUACAGUUUUAUUACAUUUUAUUUCUGUAAUGUUAAUUUAUUUCUAAUCAUUUUGAAGAGCUGAGGCUCAGCAACAUACUUCCAACAGUUCUAUCAAGUGAACAAGAUUAAAAUCACUAAUUCCAUCCAUACAUUCUAUUUGACCAAGUAGACCAAUCCAUGAUGGAACUAUCCCUGGUAUUAGGAAAAAUUUAAAAUUAUCUUGUAAGCUCUACAACAACUUUUAAUCAUCAAUGCAGUAGAUCAUUGUUUUUUAAAUAAAUCUUAUCAUUCAUAUUUUGAACUGAAAAUGUUGGGGGGCUAGUGAAGAAUAAAUGCUUCUUAUGUUCAUAUUUAUUUGGCAGUUAAAAUAGAAGCCAUUAAGUUUUACUUUGAUUCUGUCUGUUUUUUUCGCUCACUCCCAUUUUUCUCCCCCUUUUUUAGGUAGGAUAUCUGUGUAUAUAUGUAUAUUAUGUAAAUUUAAUUUAUACUUAUUUGUCUUUUUGUUGUACUGAUGAAGGCAUGUGCCCAAACGUAUACUUUUGUAUUCUGUAAAAUUAUCAUUAAAGCUUACCUUAUAUUGUUAUAUUGACACAAAUUGUUGUUGUCUAAUUAAUCUAAUGAGAUAGUUGAUUGAUUACAUACAAACUUAAAUACAGAGCAAGAACAAAGUACAUAAUUAUAAUAAGAUUAUGAAGUUUCGGAUCACCUGAUAAUGUGAAGUGAAUCAUUUUGUGGUCUGCCUACUUCAGUAAAGGCUUCAUUGAAACAAGCUAUUAUUUUUUUAACAAUUCUAUCAAUUUUAAACUUUUGUCACACAGUAAAAAUUAAAGAUCAGCCACCUUAAGAACAGUUUCAUUAUUUUAGGGACAAAAAAAUUGAAAAUGUAUCAAUUUUCUUAGUUUGCUUUGCUUUUCACAGACUGUAGGUAGAAUCUGUAUUGUUCUAAAAUUGCUUCUAAUAAUAAAAUAUUGAGAACUUUUCAACAAACAAAUUAUAUCUUAAAACUGAAUUUCUUAGUUACAAUAGAAAAACUUGGUAGUCAGAAGUUAUUUUAAUUUUACUGUAAAACAUAAUUUCACAUCUACUCAGUUUAUUUACAAAAGUAUUUCCCCUUUUAAAUUAUCAAAAAAGUUAACUUUCUCCCCUGUUUUACAAAUUGUUUUUUAAUUACUACAAAAAAAAUGUUUUUAAAAUAAAAAAAGGUUUUUAUCUUAAAUGACGUCUCUUUCAAACUUAUUCUCUUUAUUACUUUUUAAUGUUUUAUUAUUUUUUUUGUUGCUUCUUGUGUGUUUUGUGUCAAUAUUUAACAUAACCUUAGUCAUUUUACUCCUGUAUUGUGUAUAUAAUGUCAAAUUUUAAAAUCUGAGAUUUUAUUCAAUCUAAGCAUUUUCUGCAUUACUUUUACUUGUAGGCCUAUCUAUUUUAAAAUGUUCGGCUUUGCUUCAACAAUAAUACUUUAUAUGUUUAAUAUUAUUAUGUUACAAUAAAAAUAUUUAUGACAUUUUUGUCACUAGAAAAAUAUUUUUUAAAUUGAUAUUAAUUUGUGAUAACAUCAAUUGUAAUGUGAUACAUUUGAUCUGUAACAUGUUGCUUUAGAUGUUAUUAAUGUCAAAAGGCCCUAUUUUUAUUGUGUCACUCAUUAGAUAAACAUCUGCUUAGUUUAGAUUAUAAUUUUUGUGUGAUUAUUUUAAACAAUUUAACCAGUUUACACAGCAGUUUAAAGCUGAAAAGAAUGAUUCUUUAAUAACAUAUAGUAAGACAAAAUUUUGUUAGGUUCUCAUAGAUCAGAAUGCUAAAAUGGUUAUAAUAUUAAAGUGCUAAUUUAGAAAGAGAUGUUUCUCAUUAAAAAAAAUGUACACACACUUAAUAAGUUAUUCAUUCUUAACAGAGGCAUACAAAGAAAUUGAGUGUUAUUAUGAUAAAUUAAAUAAUUUUUACGCUGAAAUAUGAGGAUACAUUAACGAUGUACACAGAAUGUUAGUAGUAAUAAACUCUUGACCAUCUCUAUAAAUAUAAUUGUUUAAAUACUUUUAAAUUUUCAGGGCAGUGUUAUGUUGUUCAAUCAAGAUUAUUUAAAGGGCAUUGCAGAAAAUCUGUCCAAGACUAAAAACGCAGGGGUAAGAUGCAACCAUUAAAUUAUAAAUUUUUUAAUAGAUCAGUCAUUUCAUUAUAAUAUGUUGCUAGUCAUACAGUUAUUGAAUUUUAAUAUGUUGCCAAGCAUACAGUCAUUUAAUUUUAAUCUGGUCCUUACCUCAUGAAAUUUUUUUUGAUAAGAAAUUAACUUUUACCCCUAUGCAAGACUCUGUGAGUUCAUUGCUAUAUUUGGAUUAUGAACUUAAAUCCUCUAAGAUGGGAAAAGUGAUUUGAUUUUGGGAAAAAUGUGGGGGAUUCUGUAGCAAGUUUGGGGCCAUGCAUCUUAAAACGUCUUCAAGUAGAUAAGAGUUGUAUAAUUAAUCAACUGAUAUAUCUUCAAAAAAAUCUUUUAAUUUAUAUCCAUGCUCUGAGAGUUGUUCAUUGUAUUUUUCAUUCACAUGAUACCUAUUUCUGUUUUUUGUGUGUCUGGAUUGUGUGCAGACCGCUUAUUUUGUAUCAAACUCUGAGUUAGAUUCUGUCUUCUGAAUGCAGUUUGUGAUGUUUUUCACUUCUUAUUUAACCCCUCCCAAAGAUUAACUACCUUACUGGGCUGAAGACCUCAUUCCAAAUGGGAAUUAACCCAGAGAAAUUUGAACCCCCAUCCUCUCGAUUGUGAGACAGAUAAUUAGAUAAUGCUAACAUUGUGUGACAGGGUAGUGUUGGAUACUAUUGCAAGUAUUAGAAAUAUAUUAUGACUUUAAAGGAGGACGACUCUCAAUAUUUCCUCUUCUUGUCUUUGCCCCCAUCUCUUAUUCCUUUCUUACUUCUAUAAAAUACUUUAAGUCAAGCUGAUACAAAAAUCUGUACACGUUAUUUUUUUUUUUUUCAGACGAGGAAGGAAGCUAUGCAAAAACUGAACCAAAUCAUAUCUGGGGAAAUUGUACACAAUAAACAUUGGCAGCCACUUCGCAAAAAUCUCUUGGAUGUCAUGGCUGACCCAGAUGAUCAGUUGUCGGUUAGUUAUGUUAACUUUAUCGUUUUUCCAUUAAUUACCAGGUACGUAACCAUAUGCAUUAUGACUCUUUUUUUUUAAAUUUAAAAAACUCUUCUGAUUUUGCACUGUGCAGAGAUGUAAAGCUGACAAAUGAAAUAAAACAUUAAGCCAACAGUGGGAGGGAGGUGAGGAGACCCAGUUGAGUGGUUUUAUGGUUCAGAAUAAUUAUUAAGUUUGUGCACCCCAUUUAAAAAUAGAUCUAUGUGAUAUGUACCUCAAACUACUUUUUUUUAAAGUCUAUGCUAAUACUUUGUAUGUGUAAUUAAAUCUCUUCAAAGAGCAUAAAAUUGUGAAAAUAAUAUUAUGACUACAUUGCAUCCUUAACGCACAGGAAAUUGUUGAUGCCAGUUUAGCUUUCUUCUACCAGUGACUUUGAACAUAUCACCUGUGCCUUAAAUAAAAACACAAUUUGAUUGGCCAUUGCCAUUUUUUUCAGGAUCUCAGCUUAAAAUUUGUUGCCAAAUCUUUCACACAUACUUCUCACUACACAAGUCAGGUGUACAUCUUACUCAGUGAGUUUUUAUAUUAAUGGAGUUUUAAAAAUAUUUUGCAUUUUUUCAAUUAGAAUAUUUUUAAACUGUUGGCAAUCUACUUUUUAAACAUGUGUUAAGGCAUAGUGCCAAAAUGAUCUUAGUAUAAAAUUAUUUAAAAUUUAUUAAAUGAUUCUUCUCAUUUUUUUAGUCGACUUCCUGUGUGGACAUUUUAAGGUCACCGUGAUGCCUCCAGUCAAUAAAGGAUUAGAUUUUUCAAACAAGGAAAUGGUCAAAUUGCUCAAGGCUGUAAGUCCCAGUCUGAUUUUAAAGUCACUGUCCGAUUUUAAAGUCACUGUCUGAUUUUAAAGUCACUGUCUGAUUUUAAAGUCACUGUCUCAUUAUGAAGUCAAUGUCUGAUUUUAAAGUCACUGUCUGAUUUUAAAGUCACUUUCUGAAUUUGAAGUCACCAUCUGAAUUUAUAGUCACAUAUUUGGGACAAGAAAUUUCUUCAUGAGUACCGUGGUCCUUAAAGACUUCAAUUAGCUAUGUAAAUAAAUUUUGAAAAGAACUUAUUUAAACUGUAAAAUUAAAUGUUAAUAUUUUUUUACUUUAUAAUUUAUGUUAAAUUUCUUAUGGCUUACUUUACAUGACUGUGAAUAUAUUCAGUUUAAGUAGAAAAUUGUAAGAUUGUAUGUUUAAAUUACAGUUCCGUUUGAUGGUCGAAUUUCAACAAGAGGCCCCUAACUACUGGGUCCGUUACCCACUGACCUAUAUGGAGGAGGUCGUUCAGAGCUCGCUCAACCUAAUUAGCCUUAUGACUCCACAGGCUCAGAGUUCCAAAUUAACCCCUUUGCAUUUCAUAGCAGUUUUAGAUCCAAAAGCCCAGUGGUUCAUCAAAUGGAUGGUAAGCCUUUGUCUCAGUUCAACAGAAAACUAAUUGUUCUUGAGCUUUUGAAGAAAUCCUGUUAAUUUUUAUUUUUUAAUCAGCAAUUUUUUAAAAUAUAUUAUGCAUUUUUUCUCCAUUGUCUCAAUCUUUAUUUUUGUGGCAGGUAUAUCACAUUGUCUUAGUAAGUUACAUAAUUAAGGGUUGUCUCAUAUUUAAAUUUAUUCAAGGAGAUGUGACACAUGCUUUUAUAAUUUAAAACAUUUCAAUUUCAGCAUGGAAACUAUUGCAGACGUGAAUUAUUGAAGCAUUUAAAACAGUACAAAGUUAUUGUAAGUAAAUAAAACAAAUUUUAUGGAGUAUCUAAUUUAAAUUCGUGUUUAUCACAUCUAACUUUUGCCAAUCAAUUUAGCCAGGUAUAAAUUUUCUUUUAUAUCUCGUAACAAUUUUUUUAUAAAUUGAAAAAUAUUUUAUGAUUGUGUGACACCGUUUGGAACACACACCAUGAAUUUGCCAGCUUUUUAAUUCAACAUAACCUUACUUCCUUACUUACAACUGUCUAAAAUCUCUCAAGUUUUUAGCAGAACUUUUAAGUUGUAACUUAUUCACAGGUUGAGAUUGCUGUCAAACAAUGCAUGGAUUUCUCUAACUCACACAAGACUACACAAGACGGCCUAUCACAAGUUGUAGAUGAAAUGUCCAAAGCGUCUAUCAGUGAGUCGGCAAACUAAAAUAUAUGCUAAAGUUUUUCAUCAAUUUGUCCUAAAAUGGUGGAGAUAUCUUCAUGCUUCCAACAAAAGCUUACUGUUAAUAUUGGAGAGGACUCUGAAGAUAUAUUUUAAACUAUUGUCAACUAUCGUUUUUUUGUUUUUGUUUUUUUUUAGUUGUGUGCCUAUAGUAACUCUGUAAACCUUAGUCAAAGUCAUAAACAACUAACCCAACAAACAAAAAUAAGAAAGAAUUAAAGCUAAAUUUUGAAUAUAAAAAAAUCAUAACUACAGAUUCAGACUCAGAAUGUAGAAUUUAUUUGUUUUUUUUGCAUAGAGUCAAAACAUCAUUGAAAAUUCUAUUUUUAUGAUCAUUAGAAAGUAAAUGUUUUGGGCGGUGAUGACAUCAAAUUAUACAAUCGAUUGCUGUUUAUGUCUCAUAUAUAAUUUGGUAACAGCAGUCAGUUGAGAUGGAUGAAGUAAAAAUCUACAUUUUUCAAAAAAAUUUAAGCCUAAGCAGUUAAGGUCCUCUCUCCAUUUUGCCUUGAUUCUUGAUUUGUUGAGCCCUCCCUUAAGGGGCGAGGGGUGACAGACUCAGAAUCCUUGGUGCAGCUGUAUCAAACAUCUUGACCUGCUGUCAUGUCCUUGAUAGGUGAUAAAAGAACCAGCUACACAGGGCCAGAACUGGAAUACAUUUUGUUCAUGCACUCUUUGUCCUUCCUGGGUAGUCUGCUCUUCUAUGAAAAGGGGAGAUCAUUCUUUCCUAUCAAGUUAAAAGAAAAACAAGGUAAAUAUGUCAUAUCUUAUUUUUCUAAAGCCUUAUUUAAAGCGUAAAUUCUGCUAUUUUGUUGAGCUUUAUAAACUAAGCUUUGUGAGUCAGAUUUGAACACUGAUCUGUCAUGUCAGCAACAGGAGGCCAUGUAUCUCUGAGAUUACAGCUGUCGUCAUACUCUGGCUUUGGCCAUUGUGCAAAGGAAACUGUUUUUAAUAUAGAUAUACAUUUUUAAAUCUAAUCUCUGGCUCCUGUAAGCUUAUUUGUGACACAAUGUGUAAAUUAUCUAUUUUUAUUUUUGAAUACAUUUCUUUAAAAUAUUUAAACAUGAAGUUGACUUAAGCCUUAUUUCAUGGGUUCAUCGCAACUACUCUAAUAUAAUAGAGAUGCAAAGAAGUUGAAAAUAUUAAGUCACAGGAGGGCCAAGAGAAUUAACGUAUUGAUGGAUGUGAAUCUUUUAAUUUUUCCAGUCCAGACCAGCCAACUCUUGAAGGCCCUUGUCCAGCUUAUUGUUGACCCCGGAGAGACAACUCCUCCUAAAAAGCCAUUCAAAAGUAAGAACUCUUCUUUGUAGACUUUCUUAGAUGAUUCAUUUUCUCUACUAUAUUUUUUUUUGAAAAUGUGAAGAAAAGUUAUCAUCAAGAGGAAAUUUGAAAUAUGUGCCACUACUCGAGCCUGAAAAAAAUGUACCAAGGCAACGCCUCCAAACAUUAUAACAUGAUAUUCAGUCCAAAGUUGAGCAUCCUAAGAUGUGUGUAGCUGUGCUGUGAUCGACAAGAUAAAUCGUAUUAUGGGGGAUUCACCUUUGUAUUUUUCCCCCAGGCACAUAUGAAGUGUCCUCAUUGGUUGCAGAAGUCUUCAAAACUCUGUGUAGCACAGAAGCCAUGUGCCUGAUUGCAUUCUGUAGAGAUGACAUAACAAACCUGCUUCUGUCCCCUGUUGCACAAUGCCUAGAAGAGUCAACGGUGAGUGUCUGGACUAGAUUACACUCAACAGGAAACCAGUUUACCCUCAACAGGAGACCAGUUUACACUCAACAUUGUUGUAUACAAAAAUAUCAUACACUGGGGACAAUUUUACAAUCAACAGAGUUAUAUACAAAAUAUCAGAGAUUUUAAUAUAGUUUCUAAUUAACUGAUGUAAAGAUGUAUUGAAAUAGUUCAAAAGAAUAAAUAAAAGAUAAAUAUUUUGUGCUUCGCAUAAAAGUAUUUAUAAAUAUUUUGUGCUUCGUAUAAAAAUUUAGUCAAACAAAAAGGCUCUGAUUGUUUAGUAUCCAAUUUUUUAAGUAAAUGACUUAAAAUCAAGCAUGGUGUAAUGUGCAACAGUUUUGUACUCCAUAAUUAUUUGAUCCAACAGUCUGAUUAACAUACACACAGCAUUUAUAUAUAUAUAAAUUAAAUUUUCUUGAAUGUAGGAUCUCACUGCAUCAGCGGAGCUCACCCUCUUGCGGGUGGCAGACAUAUUGUGUGUGGUUGCAUCAACGGCCAAUGGCAGACACCAUCUCUUGUAUGGAGAGGGCAAGGGACUGUUGAACAAAUCUAAGUAUGAGCAUUAUGUUGCUUGUUGAACAAAUAAAUCUAAGUAUGUACAUUAUGUUGCUUGGCUCAUUGGCUGUAUUUAAUGAUUGAUUAUAAUUAAUUUAAGGCCAAGUAUUGCAUGUUGGCAUCUCUAAUUAAUUUACAUUUUAAUCAUUAUUAUAAUAAAUACCAUUUUUAAAUUCAUGAUCUCUACCAAAGUUUAAUUUGUGAAACAUAUGCAAUUUAAAUUGGGUAAUAAUAACAAAAAUAAUUAGUUUUUUUUUCUUUUUUCAUUAAGUUAUUUAUGAAUAAAAAUUAAAUUGUUUGAUUACUGUGCCCAGGUCGUCAGCGGCGCACACCAUAGCAGAGUUCACUAAGAAGUCCCUGUUACAUGGCCACUCCAAGUCCAGUACGAUCCCGUCCAACUCAGUUACCGGAGCUUUCCUGUAUGUGUGCCGGCAGCUUUACAAUACGUGUGAAGGACUCUACAUACUAACACAGUAUGAACUACACACCUGUGUUGCUGAGGCUUGGAAGCAGGUGGCACAAAUAUAAUAAACCAUUUUGUUCAAAAAUUAUUUUGUAAUGAAUAUUUAAAACAAGAUAUCUAUGUGAUAGAUAGCUUUCCAAUCUGUAAACAUGAUUUUUUAAUGUGAUAGAUAGCUUUCAAUCUGUCUAAAUAAUUUGUGUAUGUGACAGAUUACUCAAUGUAAUGUAAAGAAGUUAGAGGAUUAUGGGAAUGUACUUUAUGCUGUAGCACUUCUAAAACUAUUUGUGCAGCAACUGACUCGGUAAAGUUUUAAUAAUAUUGCAAUGCCCUUAAUUUAGAAUUGAGUCACACAAUUUCUAUCAUGGUUCCAGUCCAUACACAGCAUCUAUUUUUUAAGCUUAACCUAGUUAUUGUGUUGAUUGUGCUUGUGCACCAGUAGUCUACAAACCAUUUGAGAACCACUAAAAGAGAGAGAAUUGCUUGCUCUUCAUAUUGAAUAGCUUUUUAAUCAUGUUUCAUGUAGAGAAUAAUAAAGUGUUUAAUAUGGAGAAGACUUGCAAAUCUUAUGUGGCGAAGAAUAUCUUUAUAUUAAAUUUACUGGAAAACCAUAAUGGCAGAUAAACUAUUUAGUGUUGUGCUUAAAGUGUGACCUCUGACCUGCAGAUCAACUAUUUAGUGUUGUGCUUAAAGUGUGACCUCUGACCUGAUGGCAUUACAACAAAUUAUAGGGAUCUGGCACAUAUCUUGUUUUUGUUGUGUAUAAUUACUUUACCAUUUGUACUAACUGUGUAGGCCUACAUGUUUGUUGUGUAUAAUUACUUUACCAUUUGUACUAACUGUGUACAUAUUUGUUGUGUAUAAUUACUUUACCAUUUGUACUAACUGUGCACAUUUUUGUUGUGUAUAAUUACUUUACCAUUUGUACUAACUGUGUACAUAUUUGUUGUGUAUAAUUAGUUUACCAUUUGUACUAACUGUACAUUUUUGUUGUGUAUAAUUACUUUACCAUUUGUACUGUGUACAUUUUUGUUAUCUGCUAAGCAGAUCCAGAAGGAAAAGUCCAACUCUACAGCUCCUGGGGAUAAAGGAGACAAGGACUCCAAUAUGUAAGUGGAUGCAUAUAUAGUCAGUGUUUGAUGCAACCUAUUAGUGCAGUGGAAUAGGCCCUGAUUUAAACAAACUAUUUAUAUGUGAUUCGGAUGUUAUGUCAUUUUGUUAAUCAGAUAGUUUACUCAUCUCAUCCUCAUAAAUGUGAAGAUGUGAUUAUGUUUAUGUGAUUUUGAAGUUCAUCCCCUAAAAAAAACAACCCCCCACAAAAAAGCAGUCACUUAAUGCACAGAUGCUCUACAUGGAAUAGAAAGGAAUUACAUUCCUCAGCAGACUGAAAAUGAGAUUCGUGACCAAUAAACCUGAGAUAUAUCUAAAUAAAUUGUAUAAAUUUAAUGUGUGUAAACAUAAGAUGUAUGAAAAAUGGAUGUACAAACACUAGAUAAGUGAAUAUAAGCUAUAUAAAUAUAAGAUGUGUAGACAUAAGAUACAAAAACACUAGGUGUAUAUGAAUAUAAGCUCUAUAAACAUAAUAUGUCUGAACAUGAAAUUCUUUUGCUGAAUCAGAGACUCCUGGAGGGAGACACUUCAAGACAACCUAUUGAACUUUGCCAGCACAGCCAAGGGUAUAUUACUCUUACAUCAGACGGGAGCUUUCAAUGAGUGUGUUCGCUACAUGUACUCAAGAUAUGAGAAAAAGUUGCAAGUUAGUGAUUUAUUUUUAUUUCCAUGAUAUUUUAACUUAAGGGGACUUUCUGAUGAUUUAUGUUACAAUUCAUGGACUGACCAUAACUGUUCCUUUUUUAUUCCUUUAUUGAAGGUUUUAGUAACUAUAACUAUAAUGAAAAAAAAAAAUGUGUAGAUCAGUAGUUAUCCUUUUUUUUUAAUCAUAGGAUGCCAUAAAACCUCUUCAUAACUUGGGCAAUUUAAAAAAAAAAGAAAAAGAUAAAUUUAUAUUUUGAGCUACACUUCUAUUUGAGGUCCUCCUAGAUUUCUUUGAACCCAGCAUAUGAAAUACUGAUGUAGAUCUACUAUCACAGUCUUACAGCUAGUCUCACAAAUAAUUAGACAGGGUUUAACCAUGUGUCUAGGUUGGCAUUGAUCUGUCCUAGGUUGGCAUUGAUCUGUCCUAGGUUGGCAUUGAUCUGUCCUAGGUUGGCAUUGAUCUGUCCUAGGUUGGCAUUGAUCUGUCCUAGGUUGGCAUUGAUCUGUCCUAGGUUGGCAUUGAUCUGGACUAGGCUGGCAUUAAUCUGUCCUAGGUUGGCAUUGAUCUGGACUAGGUUGGCAUUGAUCUGUCCUAGGUUGGCAUUGAUCUGUUCUAGGUUGGCAUUGAUCUGUCCUAGGUUGGCAUUGAUCUGUCCUAGGUUGGCAUUGAUCUGUCCUAGGUUGGCAUUGAUCUGUCCUAGGUUGGCAUUGAUCUGGACUAGGCUGGCAUUAAUCUGUCCUAGGUUGGCAUUGAUCUGGACUAGGUUGGCAUUGAUCUGUCCUAGGUUGGCAUUGAUCUGUUCUAGGUUGGCAUUGAUCUGUCCUAGGUUGGCAUUGAUCUGAACUACCACUUUCUUCUUAUUCAUAAAUCUGAAGGUGAGCAAAUGUGAGAAGUUUGGUUAUGGUGUCAUGGUAACACAAGUUGCUGCUACAGCUGCUGGUAUACAGGCCCUGCAAAGUACAGGUAAUUUCUGCACCUCUUUUUAAGGCCAAUGUCUGAACAUUGUCUCUAAUCAUGUAUGUGGCAAAAUUCUUAAAUUGAUGCUCCAUAAUUAAUUCAUAAAACUUGUUAAAAAUAUAUUCAAAUAAAGAUUAUAUUAUCAUUUUAGAUUUCAUUUAUAUAAGUUUUAUUUAUGGAUUUAUGGCAAUGUUUUAAAAAAUCCAUAACUAAUUGUACAAAGUGAUAAAAAUGCAUUACACUGUAAAACCCUUACAUUGUAGGCUACAUCAAGGCACUUCUAAUAGAACUGUGGUCCUCACUAGAAUGUGGCCCUUUAGACACACCUGUGUUCACACCCAAGUCAUGGCCUGUUGACCAUAUUGACAGAAGCUCUCAAAAGGUAUGAAACUGUUACUGACUCCCAGGCUGAAAAAGUUUUGGCAGUGCUGUAGUAUUUGUAGUUGUGUUUUUUUUUUUUUUUUUUUUUUGGGGGGGGGGGAUAUUUAUGAAGUUAAAGGUAUUCCUUUGUGCAAAUAAUCUCAAUUUGAGAACCUCUGUUGAGCUUAAAUCUAAGCCCAGUGUUGGCUUAUAUCUCAUGUUAUAGGGGAUAAUAAAAUUUUCAAUAAAUGAUAUUUAUUCCCUCUAAUACUGGAGCUGCUACAGAUAACUUUAUUCAACCAUUUUUGUUUUCUUUUGUUAAUAAAAUAAAAAUAUUCAAAACAAUUCUAAGUGUUUGUUAAAAUAAAAUAUUAUAUUUUAACACAGAUGCAUGAUUUAUUAAUUUAACACAUAUAUUUCCAUUUGUACAACAGCAUUUCAUACGUGUGGUCAACAUUCUUUCUGCAUUCCCCGCUGUCUAUGAGCUGCUUAGGGGUGAACCUCUUCCUUGCAAGGACACAUACAGCUUGAGAGAUAUCCCAGAUACUAUAAUGGUAAUAUUUUGAGAGAUAUUCCAGAUACUGUAAUGGUAAUAUAUUGAGAGAUAUUCCAGAUACUGUAAUGGUAAUAUGUUUAGAGAUAUACCAAAUACUAUAAUGGUAAUAUAUUGAGAGAUAUUUUAGAUACUCAUAUUGUAAUAUGUUUAGAGAUAUACCAAAUACUAUAAUGGUAAUAUAUUGAGAGAUAUACCAAAUACUGUAAUGGUAAUAUAUUAAGAGGUAAUCUAGAUAUUGUAAGUGCAAUAUGUUUAGAGAUAUACCGAAUACUAUAAUGGUAAUAUAUUGAGAGAUAUUCUAGAUACUGUAAUUGUAAUAUGUUUAGAGAUAUACAAAAUUCUAUAAUGGUAAUAUAUUGAGAGAUAUUUUAGAUACUGUUAUUGUAAUAUGUUUAGAGAUAUACCAAAUACUAUAAUGGUAAUAUAAUGAGAGAUAUUCCAUAUGCUAGAAUGGAAAUAUGUGUUGUAAAUAAUUUGACUUUGUUCAAAACCAUUACAAAAUAUUUAGCAUAUUGUGACAGUAUAUAUUAAUAAAAGGUAUAAUUGAAAACAAGGGCAUUCUCUAACCAAGGGGGGACAACCUAAGGCCAGUUGCCACAUGCAGCUUGCUGAAACAUAUAAUUCGGUUGACAAGACCAUCCCAGAACUGGUUUAAUGUUUUCAGAAAUUAACAAAUUGUGAAUGAUAAUCUGUAAAAGCCUUUGAAAUUUAGUUAUCACAGGGCAACAUUGUCAACUUUUAAUAACAUUAAUUACAACUAAUUUAAAUACUAUUUCACUGCUUAUUUCAAACUGAGCUCAGACUUCAUUUUUUUAUGCCAUCUUCAAUUACAUAUCUUAAAAUUAGACCCUUCAGAUUCCUGUUAAAUUAUCAUUGGGCCUGCCAAAAAAAAAUUAAUUUGGCCAUCUGAACAUAAAAAGGUUUUCUACCACUGCUCUAUCCAAACAAUAUAAAAGCCUGAGAACAAAAAACAUAGGCACAAACUGUAACAUAUGUAAAUACUCACUCAUUUCAGGCCCUUAUAGACAGACUCAUCAUUGUCAAUUCAGAAGCAAAAAUCCAUUCACUUUUCAACUAUGAACAGUCCCAUACAUUUGGCUUGAGGUAAAUCAAUUCUCAUUCAUUGUGAAUUUGUUUUGUUGUCUGGGGACCUGCCAGGUGGCCAUAGAGCUUCUUCAGUCAUGGUGUUGGCUGGAUAUUGAAGAUUGGCUUGAGAGUGUUCGUUAUUUCAGUACUACUCUAACACAAUUUUAGUACAGCCAACCUUGAUUUCUCCGGAACAGGUGCCAUCUCAGGUGAUUGUGUCCCAUCCAGAGAUGGCACUCACCACUUGAGUUCUGGUGGUAGUUAUUCUUUUAAGGUCUGGGAGGUUUCUCUGCCAUAAUUCUGUCAAGAUUAAAUUAAGAAUUAUGUUUUGAAGUCGUUAUUUUCAUUUAUACAAUUAUUUCAUUGUGCAUAAAAAAAUCAAAGCUAAUCCAAUCUAGUUCAAAACAACAUAUCAAAUUUAUAGUUUUGCUGGCUCUUUAGCACAGUGGUUGUGAAUUGUCUCAUAACCAAGAAGUACCUGGGUAACUUUUAUUCAUGAGCAAAGUAAUUCAGUUGUUCAUAUGUAGUUGGAGAUUGACACAUAAAAAAAGAAAAAAAGUUAAAAGCAGAAGUGUAUGAAAAAUUAAGGUGGGGACGGGGGGGGGGGGGGGGGGGGGGACGCUGUGUGGCUAUUUUAUUUCUUUACAAUUAUAUUUUCUAAAUUCUUGGCCCGCCCUGGAGGGCACCAACCCUAGCUACACCUAUGAGUGAAAGGCAGCUGCCGACAUAAUUUGGUAUUGAAUAUUCUCUUUCUACUCUUAUCACAACACAUGCACACAUAAAACGCACUGCACACACACACACACCCAAAACAUGCGCACACACAAAAGAAAGACACACACAAGAGCAGUCAUCAAACUGAAACACACACCCACCCCCCCCCAAAAAUAAAAAUAAAUAAAUAAAUAAUAACAUAUUUCUAUGACUACAACCAGGCUGUUGUCUGUCAUGGUGUCAUGCUUGGACACUUACCUGCUCAUACAAUCUCAGUACAAGUUCCAGGAGUUUUUACUCCAAGAACAAGAACAGAACAAACCUGAGGACAGGUGAGUUUGUUCUAAAGUAGCAGAAGCUGGAUGAUUUUAGAGAAGGAGUGUUUUUAGAGGAGGGAUGAUUUUAGAGAAGGGAUGAUUUUAGAGAAUUAGAGAAGGGAUGAUUUUAGAGAAGGGAUGAUUUUAGAGAAGGGAUUAUUUUAGAGAAUUAGAGAAGGGAUGAUUUUAGAGAAUUAGAGAAGGGAUGAUUUUAGAGAAGGGAUGAUUUUAGAGAAUUAGAGAAGGGAUGAUUUUAGAGAAGGGAUGAUUUUAGAGAAUUAGAGAAGGGGUGAUUUUCAAUUCAAGACUGAUUUUUUUUUGUUUGUAAACUUCAUUUUACAAUAGAUCUGGCUAGCUGUUAACUUAAAUGUUCAUAAUUAAUUACUAAUAAUCAAUGAGAAUGCUUUUUAUGAAGCUAACUAUAAAUGUGUCCUGAUUUCAUUCAUCAUCUGACAAAUGAACAUUUGUUUUCCAGUGAAGCAUUUAUAACAGAUUUACUGUCAGUGGAGAGAAACUAUAUUCUGGUUAAAACAUAUUUAAUAGGAGGACCCACUGAGAGGGUUUUACCAUCUAGGAACUUGGAAGAGGUUUGUCAUGUCUUAGAAAUUUUAUCACCCACAUUGAUAGUAAAAGCAUUUAAAUGUAGGUGACUUGUCAGUUUUUCUAAUUUUGAUAUGUCAUUUUUCCUUUUUAAAUAUGCAAGUGUGUUAAAAAUUUCAUAAUUUUUACUUUAAAAUAACUUGUUAAUGUUUAUUUUUUAAUAUUCUAUAACCACAUAUUGUGAUGUAUUGCAGUUCCAGUUCUUUAAGAUUCAUGCAUAUUGUAAAAAUGAACUAUUCUGAAUAGAGCAGCUCAUAUCUCUUGAUUAAAACUGAUCAUGACCUUAAGUAUCAAAUUUGCCCAUGAUAAUAUUUUAGCCAAAUUUUUUUAAACAUGAAAGGUAAAAUUUAUUUUAUUUAAAGAAUGGUUUCAUUGACAUACAUUUAAAAAAAAAUGUGGCCAUUUUUAUACCUACAGGACAAAUCAGGAAAUUUAAAGGCUCCAAUUUUAUUUUCAUCCUACCCAAUACCAAGGGAAUACCAACCAAAUAUUGCUGGAAGGUCAUCUGUUAAACAAGGUGAGUUGAUCAGUGGUGCCACAAAAAGAUGCAUGCUGUACAUGAAAAAAUGGUACAUCUCAUGAAUGGCAAGCUGUGUGUUUUUCUGUUUGAAUUAUUUCUAUUAAAUACUGUCGUAGGGAAUAUUUUUUGUUUAAACAAAUUUUAUAAAGGUUUUCUAACAAACAGCACAGCCUUGAUAUUUUGAUCUAAGAUAGCUGGCAAGUAGUCCCAAUUUUAUUCUUCUUUUGUGUUGAUAACAAGUAAAUACCAAGUAUCCCUUAAUUUGUCUUUUAUUUAAUUCACACCAAGUCGUGUCAUUCUAUCAUUUUCUUUUUUUUUGUUUUUGUUUCUUAUCUACAGAAAAUGAACUUAGCAAAUUCCUUACUGCAUCCCGUUCUGAAAAGAAGCCAAAGGUUUGGUUCGAAAAAUGCAGGGAGCUGUUAUAUAAGACAUUUUCUGGCAAGCCAGAUCAGGCUAAAGGAAAUAGUAAGUAUUUAUCUCACUAACAGACUUCUCUCUUUCUUCUGUACAUUAGAGCAGUGGUUUUCAAACACAGUGUUACCGCAGGCCAUAAUUUAAACAAAAGUUACAAAACAUAAUUUCAUAAUAAAAUGACUUUUUUUGUUUGUUCGAUUGAACAAUCAACAUUUUACAAUAUAUAUCAAUUACCUCAAUAAGAUCAAAAUCUUUUAUCACUCAUUUUCUUAUUUAUUUCCAACAAUCUUUAUCUAUUUUUUCAAGUUUUAUUGCAAGUUUUGGAGCAGACAGUUGAGCACCAAUGUCAAGUACCUGAGGAAGCAGUUUUUCAUUUAUAUGAAUUCUCCGGUAAAGUUGGAUACAUGUUACCUAUUUGAAUUUGAAACUAACACAGUCAUGAUAAAUAUGUCAGCAAAAAUACAAAAUAAAAUUAUUAAAUAAGAAUAACUUGGGUUUUCAAUGUGCACUAUUCGUACUUGAUAGAUUCGUACUUGAUGGAUUCGUACAACAAACUUUGCCCAUUGCUUUGAUUUUUUAUUUUCAUAUAUUUCAGGUUCAGAUAGUGCAAUAAAAAACUUUAAAUUGUCUCCCUUACAACUACUUGGUGUAAAAAUGGCUAUUAGGUGGGUAUGACGUUGACUAGCAGCUUGCGUUUAUGAGGAAUAUUGAGAGAGCUCUCUACAGUCUUAAAGUUAUUAACAUAUAUUAUAUUUCUAUUAAUUACCAUAAUUAUUUUUUUAUUAUUGUGUGUAUUGCAUUGGGCCCUCAGUUGUUCAAGAUUUGUUUAAGUAUCAACUUGACUUGUUAAAGCGAAUUGUAAAAUGUUUUUACAUUAUCGUUUAGGUAUGGCAUUCACCUAAAGGUAAUCAACACAUCAUCAGAAUCCACAGACAAUCUGACCAAGUUAAUGCGCCAGACUGGAUGUUUCCUUAAGCAGCAGCAAAGAUCACUCAAAUCUUCAAUGAAUAUCCUUCUUAACAUUCUAAAGUACCAUAUAAUUAAUUCAUGUCAUAGACUGAAAAAAAAAACAACCCUAAAAACAAAUAGAGAAGAAUAAGUACGGGCUAAAUUAUAAAUGCAAUUUUAGAUUUUUUAUUCAAUAACGAGAACUGUCAUAGUUGUAUUUUUUAAUGUGCUCCCUAGAAUUAGUACUUAGUGUAAGAGGCUGUAGGAGUCAAUGGUUACUUACUUGGUAGAUGAAACCUUAACUUCUUUGUAGGAUUUCUUGAAGGAAGCUAUCCAGGAUUCGAUUGGUUUACAGCCACGAUAUUUCUUGUGUUUAAUGGCAACACAGAUAAAGCCUGGACUUUUCUAUACAAGUUGUCUGCUCUUGGAACUUCUGGCUACAUUUGGAUGGCAAGACUUCAUGCAUCGGUACGCAAUAAUAUCAUUAACUCUUUUGCUGCAGAAUUUUUUUGCGCAAAAAUGUACAUUUUUUUCAAAGAGCAAAAAAGAGUGAGUUGUUAGGUUUGUUAAAAUGUAUUUAAAAUAUUAUUGUUCGGUUAAUAAGACUAAACUUGGUAUCAAAUGAAAGACAAAUGAAUGGACUACAUGUUUGUAAACUUAUUUCUUCAGUUUAAAUAAAAUAAGUAACACAAAAGAACCAUAAAAUGUAAUAACAUUAUAUGCAAAACAUUUUUCCCCCAACCUUAUGAUGUACGCAUACCUCAUCUUCACUUAUAUAACUCAAAUCCUCUAAAAAUGCUACUAUCGGAAUCAUGCGAUGGAUAUAAAUAAAUAAUGAAGUACAAAUCUACUAUGUAAAAAGUCUUAUUUAAAAAUAGCUCUUUAAAAAGUUUAAGCCGUAAAUGGCAAAGAAACAAACAUGAUAUUGAAACGACGUACGUUGGGCCUUGUUUUUUAGAAUGGUGGAUAAACGCACUGUGCAUUGCCCGCAGCGAAAGAGUUAAAAGUAAAGAAUUUCAACUUUUCUCAUUAGAUCUUAAAUUUUAAAUGGCCAGCCAACAAUAAUAAGUGUUCCAUUAAUAUUUAUAAAAUUUAAUGAAAAAUGAGCCGUGUGAUACAUAAUUUGAUAUCAAGAUAAUAAAUUCAUUUAAAUAACAGUAAACAUUAAUAAAUCAUGUCAAGCUUAUCAAGUCCACACAAUUUUUUUAUGGGCUGUCAUUAUUUUGGAGAUUUUUUUCCUAAUGUCUCUAACGUAAUUGGAUAGAGUGUGAAUAACUCAAAAAAAAAAAAAAUAAAUAUUGCAAGUCUACUAUUUUGCCAGCCCAUACAAAUAUUUACAUUCAGAAUCUUUGAAAAAGUUUGGGGAACAAAAUACUCUUUCAAACAUGUUGUUAGUUUUUAACUUUCUAUUUGAAAAAAAAUGCACUAACUCUGACACUGUCUGAGCAUUGACCCAGAGUGUUUGAAAAAUAAAUUGUUUAUAUUAUAUUUUAACUAAAUGCUAAUCAUAUUGGUUUAGUAUAAGUUAAUAAUGUGAUGUGUAUCUCAAUUGUACUAAAUAUUGUAAUAAAACACCUUCUGCUACUAAAUUGAAGUUUUGGACAUUCAAAAUAUUGGAAUUCCAAAGUACAGUAUGUUAUUUAGUGUCUAUCAUAUAGCUCAUAUAUGAUUUUUUUAAAUUCACACUCUAAAUUUAAUGUAUGCUCUUAGCUCCUCCCCAACAAUUUACUGGCCAGUGGAAUUCCUCCCCUGUUUUCAAGCACUGCCCACAAUAUUGAGCUCCUCCUCCAGACUGAGCUGCCAUUGGUUGCCUCUGCAUUUAAAAUGUCAGGCUACACUCCAUCACAGGUAAAGGCUGUCAUUUUGAUUUUAUUUCUCUAACCUUAAUUACAGAUAUAAAAGUAACUUUAGUAGGCCUAAUAUCAAAAAGGGGAUACAGUGAAUUCAAAUUAAUGAUAAUUAAGUUUUAAAAGCCAAAAUAAUCAACAUGAUGGUGUACCCAUUGCCUGUAUUUAGAUCUCCUUCCAAACUAUUUUAAAUGCCCACUUUUGUGUUAAUUGACCUUGUAAGAUUUCCCACUGAACUGCUCUAAAGAAAUGUUUUGAUAUGGUAUUGAUACUGCACAGUGUCAAUUGAUCCAAGGUUCAAAACUUUAUUCAUAACUGCUUUUUUCUUCAUUGCAUGUCUGUACUAUCAGUAAUAUCAGUGGAUAAAAAAAUAUGCCCUCAUCUAUCAAUUAUUGAAGAAUUGAGCAUUUGAUCCAAUUUUUUUACAUUUGGCUCUGUUAUGACCAGAUCUGCCUCCACUGGUUGACCCAAUGCUUCUGGAACUACCUGGACUGGUUAGAUAUUCUCCACUACAUUGUGAUAUGUGUGGGACUUGGGGUCGAUUACCAGGUUUACCUCUGUGUGGCUAUUCUCAGACAUCUGCAAGAAAAUAUUCUUUCACAUAUGCAGACUCAAGACCUUGUCAUUUUUCUCAAGGUACUCAAUCCAGUUUAUUUGUAACGCACUAUUUAUAUCUCACAUUGAUGAGGAGUAAAAUAAUAGAUCCCACGCUGUUUUUAAAAGGCAACCUAAAUUUCAUGACAUCAUUGCUGCACAAAACCUUCACUUCUCAACAAUUAAAAGUGUGUAUGGAAAAAAUUUCAAGCUGAUCAAGAAAGUUCUACUUCAGAUGGGAUGAAAUUCUUGUAUAUCAUUAUCAGUAUUAGCUCUUAUAUUUUACACUUCAUAAAAUACAAAAAACCAAAAUGGCAGUAGCAAAAUAAUAAUUUACGCUCAUUCUGGCAAAUGUAGUUGUGUUGGACAUACCUUACCUUGAAAUUAAACAAAAUGAUAAUUUAUUGGACAUGAACUGCUAAUAAAUAAGAAGAAGAAAAAAAAAUAGAAUCUCUUGUGACAAGUGCAAGAUUACUUAAUGAAUGUUUUCUGCUGAUUCCAGGAAGAAGCCAUCACAGACUUCCAUGUCAUUGAUGAGAUCAAAUUUAUGAAAGAACUGGAAAACAAAUACAGAAAAAUUGUCCUGCCAGAUAUGAUGAACAUGAGCAAACCAUAACUUUGUUAUGUAUUUGUAUUAUUUAUUUACAUCACUUUUCUUAGUCAUAUUUCUGUUAUUUAUUGUUUGUGUUUGACUUAUGAAUUGAAAAGCAAUAUCACUUAAAGUCAUUUCAAAAUGUAAUUCAAUUCUAUAUGUUUAACAGGCAGCAACUUUGAUUAGCUUAACAUUUAUCAUAAAUUAAAAUUUUCACCCUUUAAAUAAUGGACAACAACUCUACUAUGCAUUCAUUCAACGGUUUAACACUAAAACAAGUGUAUAAGACAAUAUAAUAUACAGUCAAAUGGGAAAUAUAUUGCAUUUUCUUAAAGUUUGUGUAAGUCUUGAAUAUACUUUCAGCAUCAGUUUUACGUUUUAAAU